UGGGGUUUGCAACAGUGGUUGCGGCAGCCGAGAUGAUUGGCUCUUGACGCGAUGGUUUAAUUCUGGUCUUCGAUCAUGGAUGGAAGGUGCGCGUCUUAUCUUCAUAAACUCUAGCCGCCAAGUAGACGGCGGCGACGUUUAUCUACGUAGAAAAAGCAAGUAUCUCUCUCACAGGGCAGUGAAACGAAUGCGUCGAGGCUCAUGCUCGGGCACGCGCACCGAUACCGCUCGACAACGAUGCAAAGGCGUUAUUUCUGGCUCGGAUUGGUUUAGAAGUGGCCGCAGGUCGAGAACGUCCUUAGAGGUUACGCACUUGAUAAUAGAGGAUACUUAGUGAAAAGAAUACAACCAAGCAACACGACUAUUUACGCAUUAAUAAUAUCCUUUCCAGAUUUUUUCAUCCUACAUUUCCUAGUAGACAAAAACAUGUAUACGAUAUAAGGCAACGCGUGUUACGGCUUGGUGAUGAGCUGCGAUAGAGCAAAUUUUAUAUUCCCUAAAUUUCCACUUACGCAGUAAGUAAGCCACUUACGCCAUACUCGUCACAAGGGCUGUGCAAGAUCAUCCCGUAACGCCUGAUGAAAGGGCGCCCAUUGAAGUCAAAGAGCUCCAGCGCUGUCGGGCUUUGGCCGUCUGGAUCACGGAAGAUAUUGUAGUUAGUAUUGCAUAUGAAGCCUCUGAUAAAGGUGCAUUCGUAGACCAGACUGUCUGACCAUUCACAUUUAAACGGGCUAUUUAGUUACAGAAUAAUUUAAAAUGGUCGACUUGAUGACUGCUUGCUGUUGGUGUCGCUUGUCGCAGGAGAUCGCGCGUCAACCCAGUUUGCAUUGGAAUUCGUGGAAAAUGUGCCCAAGCAGGCUACAGCAAGAUUGAUAACGUUACUACUCAAAAUAAAUAACGAAAGCGUUGCUCAACAAAACGAAGGACCUUUUAUGGACUGUUCGUCCCAGCAAUUAGGAUUGGUUGAGCUGCCGCCAAUAACGACUAACCAUGAUCUGGGGAAUUGUCGAAACGCACGAUCCUCUAGGCUCUGUGAAAACGAGCAACUUGCGCCUAGCUUCGAUCCGAAUUUCGUCAACGGAAUUGAUCUGGUCGAUCGGCCAGGCUUUUUCAGCUUCAAGCUACAAGUGGCCAAUGCUCCAUCCGGGGAGGUAGCUGCAGCCAGGCGAGAAUCUAAUUACGUCUACGGAGCUGAAGAUGGCCGUCUCCAUUGCAAAAAUGAGGAACUCGUGCCGCUUCAGGUGGUGUUGUCGGGUCAAUUACCACCAGGAUUGAGAAUCUACCUUUACUUCGUCUUUGAUGAACAGGCCUACCGCUCAGAAAACGUCGAAACAUGUCCUUAUCACCGCACAAUGGCUCAGAAAAGCAAGCUAAACGAUCCGGAGUUUCUUAUUCGAGCCGGUGAUAGCGAUAACGCCGAAUAUCUUAGGAUGCCAUCUGGGUCGACAAGUGCGGGUGGUGAACGCCACGUGCUUCGUGUGUCACUACCUCCCCAAACAAAGAACGAUAUUAUCCGAGUGAAGUUCAAAUGCAGAAAUAGUUGUUCAGGCGGCAUGAAUCGUCGUUCGACCACCCUCGUAGGAGUUCUCUGCUCACCCUGCAAUACCGUCCUUGGCGUGAGUUUUAUCAGAGUAAAAAUCGUCACCUGUCCCGUGCGCGAUGCGCGCAAACAGCUUGAAAAAAAGGCCCAAGAACCUACCACCACCGCCAGCAGCGGCAGCAAGGAAGGUAGAGCCGGUACUGGCAAGACGAACCUUCUCCGUGCUCGGAGGACUAAACCGAGUUCCUCUAAUCGGAUCAGACCGGCUGUUGACUCGAGCCGUAGGGACACCACUGAGAGCGAGGCAGGCAAUCCUUCCGAUAACGAGGAGUACAUUGUGCACGUGCGCGGCAGGAAAAACUACCAAAUGCUCCUUAUGAUGGCCGAAGGACUCGAGCUUCGGCGACAAAAAACCCGCGUGAAGAAACCGAAGGUUGCUGAGGUCACAUCCGCAAACGAUUGCAAUAAUAACACGAACGACACAAAUCCUACUAGUGUUGCUAAUACCAGUAUGGAUAAUGUAAGCACAGAUAACGACAAUCAUAGUGAGACGAUGCAUGAAAUUAUGCAGGACAGUGAUAACGGCAAUGAUCACGACGUUGUUAGUAGUAAUAAUAGUUCUAAUGUUCUCGUUAUCAAUGACAGUAAUAUUGUUGAUUAUAUAGAUGAACAUUUCUAUGCAAAUAUGAACAACGACGCCACUCACAACGAUAAUCGAGUUGGUCUAUCUAAUUAUAAUAGUGGCCACCAUAACCACGCGUACUGCAAUAACUACACUCCACCAAGUCAUUAAUACAAAUGCUCCGCAACUCAGGAGGGGCAUUCAUGUUUGGAAAGAUGUUCGGCGGAAUACGUCUUGAUUCGUGUGUUUGCCAUAAAAAGUGUUCUUAAAAACAGCACAAAAUACUAAUUGAUAAACAUUAUUAUAAUUAAUUGGGAGCAAAGUGGAAAUGAUACUUGACGUUAGAGAAGGACGCUUAAGAGUGGUUGAAGAAUGUAAAGAAGUGACUUGUUAUAGGGCCCUAAUUACUUCGCGGUAUCCAUGAUACGAUGUGGUCAGGAUAGCGGUGAACAGGGUACCGGUGAUAGAAAUGUUAAGUGAGACAGUUCGUUAGUAGAGAAACGGUGGUCAAAUAAAUGGGCCCCUCAAUCAAUAAUUGGUACCACGGAUUCCCUUCAUAGCGUCGCCUAUAUACACGCGACAUGUACGAAGAACAGAGGUAAAUAUUUCGUCUCGUAUUGAACACUCAUUUAAAAUAAGAUUUUCGGUGGCUCCAAUAGAAUAUCUGAGCACAGAUUUUCGGUGGUAUGAUUGAUUACGGCCGAUGGCAAUUAAUCUCUUAAAUCGUAAACAGGCCACAGACGAAUAACACUUCCUGAUCUCAGUAAACAGCUGGUUAGCCCUGAACUCUUCAUGACUCAUCAAUUCAAAGCAGCGAAAUUAUCAAACGGUGCUCUCGCCUUCUCCGCUGUAAUACGGGGAAAACUGGUUUCAAAUAUUUCACUGUAUCGGUACUGCGUCGAUGGUGCUUUUACACAUUUUAAGUGACUUUGAACCAUUAUGCAUUAAAAACAUUUGCUGAUAUCGAUAAGGCGUUUAUCCAUUGGAAAAACGGACUCGUUCGACAGUUUCAUAGUGUUCAUCGCGUCUAGAACUUUAAGGUUUCAAAGCCCUGUGAACCCUACGGGAUAAUAAGGAAAGAGAAGCAAAGUAUUGCCCCAUUACUCGUUGUAUAGUCUCCGAUUCGCAAUUGAUCUCGCUUAGAAUCUGAACGAACUACGAAUUUGGUCGUACAAAUCGGUUACACGUCUUUAGACAAAAAGUGCAGAUAUUAUCAUGUUGUGUGUUUUAAAAUAAACUGGGUCAUUUCAAAAAGCAGGCAUAAGAGUGAAAGACAAACAAAUAAAAUGAGAAUAAUGCUUGCUCACAAAUGCAUCAAGAAAAACCCGGUUCGCCCAUAAGCCAGACUCACUCCGUCCAAGUAAGUGCUACAGAGGGGGCUGGUAGAUCUAACCAUGUGACGUCGUACUAAAUGCGCUAUGACGAGAAAAUUGGUCACAGACUGAUUUUCUAUAUCGUAUUAAUAUUUAAAAGCUUUUACAAUUAUUGUAUAAUAAAGUAUUAUAUACACUGCAUAUUGAUAUUUUAUGUCUUCAUAAAAAUCAAACGGAAGAAAUGGCUACACCUCAACCAGUAGAUAAUGGACAGGGUUGUAUAGAUUACGGAAAAAAUGCCGCUAAAUUGCUAAACAUGAUCAAGCCGCAUAAUAAAUCGCAAAUAAAUACUGACGUGACUUAAAGGAAAUUGGACGAAACGCACCAUAAUGCCUUCGUGGGUAAUGUAUCUACCUGCUAGUGUUAGGGACGCAUAGUGGUAUAGGUUCGAAUCCGGAGAUAGGCGCACUUCGUUCCGUUAGCACAGGCGCUAAGGCUGCAUUAUACGGGCGGUGAUCAUCAUUACACGGAUAGAUAAACACGCAAUUUGAAGUUUAACUUUGAAGUGACGAAGUUUUUAGGCUAAGUAGGCUAAGUGAAUACACGCAGAGUAGCCAACCUGAAGGCUAUAUACAAUGUCUGUCGGUUCUGCAUGUUGUUUUUAUACUUAUUUGUCGUUUUCAACUACACACAACAACACCAACAUGUUGAUGAUAGAAAAUAUUCUUGCCAAUAUGAACCAAAUACAAAUAUAUAUAUAUAUAUACAUAUAUAUAUAUAUAUAUAUAUAUUGGGUGUUCGGGAUAAAUUGGGACAUACCUUCGUACCGCAAGAAAGCCGUUUUUUUCCGGAAUAAAAUCGUUGCAUCAGAGAGAAGGCAGGAGGGUCGUGCUCGGAAUAUGAGCGGAUAAGCCAUUGUUGAACGCCCUCGCGCCAAAUAAGCCUUUAUUGAAAGUAUAAAUCGUUAGUCAUUAUUAGGUUUCCUUGUGGCUUUCUAAAUUGAUAUGCAAGUGGUUUAAGCCCCGAAUUGAAGCCGUGAUCGAAGUAAAUAGCAGAUCAAAGUAAAUUAAUUCGCUUGUGAGGAUUGUCCUUAUAGUUGCUUCAAAAUAUUUCACCCAAAUAUCUCUCUUUAUCUAGGUGAAGCUUAUAGACUAGCCAAAUCAAUUUUGUUUCGACUUGUCCCGAACACUCCGUGUAUUUUAUUAUACACAAAGCAUA